UAUUAAAUAUCCAAUUGUUUUCGUUAUUGGGCAAGCCUGUGUUAAUCGAGACACAGUCAGAUAUCGAGAAGAAAAAUGUGAAAAGUCGAAAAUAUAAAUAAACCAGAAAAUUUAUUCAAAAUUUACCAUGGAAGGCGAGAAAAUUUUGAUGGCCGCAGGUGUAACAGUUGCAGCAGUUGUCGGUGCAUUUGUUUUCUGGGGUCCUUCAGGUUCGUCACGUUUACGACAACGGCGAGGACAAAUUGCUGGACUACAUAACUUUGGUCAAACAUGCUUCUUAAAUACAUUGCUGCAGGCAUUGGCUGCCUGCCCUCAAUUUAUAGCCUGGCUUCAACUAUAUAAUAAUGCUAACUCCGAUCGAAAGAGCCUGAUAUCAUCACUUUUGAGCACACUUGAAGUUAUAAAUGGCACACAUUCAACUUUGCGGGGUGACCCAUACUCUCCAGGUGCGGUUAUGCGGGCACUUCAUGCUUUAGGUUGGGUAAUACCACAGGAGGAACAUGAUGCACACGAGCUGUUUCACGUACUAUUGGCAUCUCUCGAAGAAGAGGCUUUGCGACCAAAAAAAGUUGGUUGUCUCUCAGAUGCGUUACCACUUACAGUUUCGGGUGGUGAAGGAGAUCAACCAGAUAGACCAUCCAGUGCUAUGUUAACUGACUUUUUAAAUACUGAUUACGAUGAAUCAACUAAUUUAAUGCGCAUGGUGCGUUCUGAGGCUCAUACACCAGAUUCGCCAUCAUCAGUGUGCGAACGUGAAAUGUGUCCUGGUGAAGGAGGUGCAGCUGGUACAUCGCCAACAGAAAUAAUGGACUUUGAUCCAUUAGCAUCGCCAAUAUUGGGUGGCGAACGAUCCAGUCGAUCACGUAAAAUCCAAUUAACGAAACAUGGGUGGCCAGAAGGUCUAAACAAACGAGUUUCUACAUCUUGUCGAUCAUUGGAGCGUCUUAGUCGUGGUCCCGGGAGAGUAUCUAUUUGGUCCGAUCAAAUGCCAGCUCAAGUUGCAAUACCCUUUCAAGGCGCUAUGGGUACACAAAUCGUUUGUAACGGUUGCGGCUUCAAAUCCACUGUUCGAUACGACAAAUUCGAUAGCAUCACGUUAAAUUUACCAUCUCAACGUCGUUCUGGUCUUAGUUUGGGACAUUUGCUGAGUGAAUAUAUAACAUCUGAGGAACUGAACGAUGUAAAAUGUGAAUCAUGCAACGAAACAUCCAACCAUACAAAAUCUUUGACAUUCGCCAAAUUGCCCGGUUGUCUUUGCAUUCAUGUUGCGCGAACGGUAUGGCUACCAACUGGACAAAUUUGUAAGCGUCAAGACUAUGUGCAUUUUCCUGAGAGUUUGUCAAUGGCACCAUAUAGUUUCGUACAGCCUCAUUUGAACAGUCAAGCAGGCACACCAUGGGGUUCCACCAUGUCCCUCUUCUCCUCAAGUCUACCCAUGAAUAGUUUGGGCGGCAGUGCUAAUGACUCAUAUGGAACUGCAUUUGGUACAAUGUUUCCCAAAAACCUUUACCGACUUUUAGCUGUGGUGGUUCACUCGGGUGAGGCAAGUAGUGGUCAUUUCGUAACUUAUCGGCGUGGUGCUUUAAGGAAUGCUCAUCGUUGGUUCUACACCUCAGAUACUGUUGUGCGUGAAGUCUCAAUAGAGGAAGUGCUUAGUGUACCAGCCUAUUUACUAUUUUAUGACCGCGGUCCCCAGCGACGCUAAGUUGUGGUACUGAUUUGUUUAAGUUUAUUAUCCACUAGUGUAGAAGCGUUGGAAAUGCAAACACAAAAAAAAAAUAUAACAGUUAUCUUCAGCUGUCUGUGGCAUUAAAUGUUAAUCUAUUCGAUGUAAUGGUACAAAAUGCUAUUCCAUUGUAUACAAUUUGGGAUCUCUGCUAAAUAUAUGUAUUUAUUUAUGUAUAUAAGUUACCUUCACCACCACAGAUUCGGCAUUUUAUAUUUUUUUAUAUAAUUAUUAUCUAAGUGUUAUGCAAAACAUAUUCUCUGCUCAAUAAUUUCAAGUGCCAUUUUGACUAGUCGAUCUUAUUAUGGCUUGUGCUAGAAUUGAAUACGGAUAUUGAUAGAUACAAUUAUUUGAUAUUUAAAGUUGUGAGCGCUUAUAUUUUCUAGCAAUUAAGAAAUUUGAAAAUUAUAAAAAAUGCAUUUACCGACUGUGAAUUUCGCUUAAUUAGUUACAUUUAAUUUAAAAUAUAUCUUCAUCAAACGAA